CAGACAAAAAAAAUGAGGUGAAUAAUAGAAUAUUCAAGAGGCCGGUAAGGAUCAAGAGAAAAGACGAGUGAGCCGACUUGAAAUUUUGGCAUUAUAAACAAACACAAAGAAUACCUUUUGGAUUUCCAUUUUUUUUAUCUUCAAAAAAGAUUGGAAUCAUAGGAUUAAGUUAAGAAGUUUAAAACUUUCUAUUCCACAUAUCUGUUUUCCAAAUAACUGGUAUUUUUGUUUGAGCCGUACGAGAUGAAAUUCUCAUAUACGGUUCUCAGGGGGGUCCUUUGGUUUACCUAUCUCAAUAAAGUCUAUGAUUGGUUCGAAGAACGUCUUGAGAUUCAGGCGAUUGCCGAUGAUAUAACUAGUAAAUAUGUUCCUCCUCAUGUCAAUAUAUUUUAUUGUUUAGGAGGAAUUACACUUACUUGUUUUUUAGUCCAAGUAGCGACGGGUUUUGCUAUGACUUUUUAUUAUCGUCCGACCGUUACGGAAGCUUUUGCUUCUGUUCAAUAUAUAAUGACUGAGGCUAACUUUGGUUGGUUAAUCCGAUCAGUUCAUCGAUGGUCGGCAAGUAUGAUGGUCUUAAUGAUGAUCUUGCACGUAUUUCGCGUGUAUCUCACCGGUGGUUUUAAAAAACCUCGCGAACUGACUUGGGUUACGGGUGUAGUUUUGGGUGUAUUGACUGCAUCCUUUGGUGUAACCGGUUAUUCCUUACCUUGGGACCAAAUUGGUUAUUGGGCAGUAAAAAUUGUAACAGGUGUACCCGACGCUAUUCCUGUAAUAGGAUCGUCGGUGGUAGAGUUAUUGCGCGGAAGCGCUAGUGUGGGACAAUCUACCUUGACUCGUUUUUAUAGUUUACAUACUUUUGUAUUACCUUCUUACUGCCGUAUUCAUGUUAAUGCACUUUCCAAUGAUACGUAAGCAAGGCAUUUCCGGUCCUUUAUAGAAUAAAAAAAAAAGAAAAAAAACAUAAAUUAAUCAAAUCAAUCAUUUUGGGGAGGAGAAUAGUAUUUCAUUGCUACAAAUAUGCAUUAUUCAAAAAAAAAAUAAGACAUGUAUUUGGAUAUUUCCCUUCAACUUAACAAAAUAAAUUGCAUUCUUUAUUUGAUAUACACGAAUAGUUGAAUGGAACUCUCCGAAAAAAUAAUGGAUUAUGGGAGUGUGUGACUUGAACUAUUGAUUGGGCCGUGCAGUAUGACUUGAUCUUAUCUGCCACAUUUGAAUUCACAAUUAAAUGUGUCUUUUUUCCAACCACCGCGCCAGUCCCCUACGGAGGAUAGGCCGGUUCGCUUGAAGAGAAUCUUUUCUAUGAUCAGACUGUAUCAUAUCCUGCAUGAAUAGGCUCCGUAAUAUCCAGUAAUAUAAGUUAAGUAAUGUGAUAUAAUCCGGAUUAUGUCUUCUGUAUUUCACUUAACUUAAUAGUAUGGAAAUGCAGUCAUUUCCUAUGCAUUGACUCAAUUUAUGAUACUAUCGGAGUGAAACAAGUAGAUCUAAAGAAAAACGGGGGUUGUAUUCUAUUAGUAACAAGUAAAUCCUUUCUAUGUAAAAAAUUCCGAAAUUCAUUUUG